AUGGAAAUAAAUGCAGUUCUUGACAGACACGGGCUAGCCAAGUCAGGACUUUGGUAUGUUUUAUCCCCAGAGAACGAGGGACCUUGUGCACGAGUGGGCCAUGCAUGUUGUGUGUUAAAAACGUCAGCCAACAUUUUGAAAGAUUGUCCUGUUGACAAUCAGAACUCUGACAGUUUGCUGAUCCUUGGUGGAGCCAACCCAGAUGGAGCAUUUGAUGAUGUUUAUGUCCUUGAUUUUGGUGAGAUUCAUUUUAUUUUGGUCACAAGUAUAUUGCUAUAGUUAAAUUUAUUCCCCCACCCCUACUCCCAUGGGACACCCCGGGACCAGAUGUUCAACAAAAUUUCCCACCCCCUGGAAAUAUUGGUGUACAAUAUCCUGGGGAUUCAGGAGGGAUUAUGGGAACAGGAGGAAUAGAAUCGUGCAUGAAUUUGCUUUUAAGCAUGACAAAAUAUCUGUCCACUCCUGACUCAUCUGAAGAAGCUCUAUAUGCCACUACUUUGCAAUAGUUUUUGUCAGGAGAAACAUGCUUCCAGACUAGCAGGUACAAGGCAUUCAUUCAGGAGCAUGCCAUUAGGAAAAUGAUUUGGGAAAGGGGAACAGAAAAGAACAUAAUUUGUCCAAAGAGGGAAAGCAAAGAAAAAUACCUUUUAUAAUUCUGCAAAAAAAAUUCCAGCACAAGCAGACAGAAAAAAAUCAUGCAAGCUGAAAAUCCCCCCCCCCCAUUACUUUUCUAAUGAAGAACCUUGAAUGAUUGAAAAUACUUCUCUAAUUGAUUGUUGAUGCACAGAGCAGUACAAGUGGUACAAAUGUGAGUGGCAGGGUUUGCCAAAGAGGUACGAACAUUUGGCCUUUAUACCAGAGCAUGCAUCAAGUGAAAUUGUUGUAUUUGGUGGAGCACAAAUGGACAACAACUUAAAUGAUGUGCAAGUAUUGGAAAAAGGUAAAAUACUAACAAACAUUGGAUGAGUAAACAUUAUAUAUAUUUUAUAGUAUUACUUAUUGGUAGGUGUUUAAUAGGUAUAAUUACAGUUUAGUUUCCUAAUGAAAAUGUGUAAUUACUAUUUAGUUUCCUAACAUCAGUACUCAUAUGUUAUCCACAAAGCUACUGAUCAGGGUUUCCAGUUUUAUGUGAAAAAAGUGUUAGUGGUGAAUGACACAAACUUAGGCUUCCUGGGAGCAUAAUUUCCCAGGAAACCUGAUAUUUUUUAUGCUCUAAGAGAAUGUCAUUUUUUGAUAUAUUCUCAUGAAAUUUUUUUAACAAAGUCAUUACCAUGUUACAAGACUGCAUGCACAAGUUGAUUAGUAAUAUAUGUAGCAAUUUCGUAGUUAAAUAAAACGCAAAACAAUGGUCUGUUCACCAAAAUUUUCGUAGUUAAAGCUCUGGCCGCUAGGCAUUUUUAACCCUAUACGGCAUUUUUAACCUUAUUUCUGGUGGCCAGAAACCCUACAAAAUUAAAAGUUAAUAUGUAAUCAGAUUUCAAAAAAAGGAUAAAUAAAUACUACUUCUUCUGGUGAAUUUGGACGUGGCUUGACUUAAACAGACAUAUUCCCAUUCUUAUUCUCAUUAAUAUCACCAAAGACGCACGCAAAAUGACCAUUGGCUGGUAAAAAUGUUUUGCGCGAGUUUUUAUUCUCCAUUAAAUGAUGUCACAGACACCAUACUAAUUAAUAUCCCACAAUCCCUUGUUUUUGCGCAAGGUAUAAAAACGCUGUGAUGUCAUAAUGUAGUUUGUCUUAAUUGAUUGAUUGAGACUGCGCACUUAUCGUAUUUCUCGCGGAAUUUUUCCAAACCUUUUUUGUGAUAAAACAAAUAUGGCUGAAUUUGAAUAUUACGAGGAUUUCGAAUGCGAAGAGGCUGAGGAAGAAAUAGUUCAAGAAUUAUUAAAGUUCGGUAUCUAUGGAGAGCAAACUACACUCGAUGGUAUUCUUGAGGAAGCCGAAAAAAAUUUGAACGACACUAAAGCUCGCGUUGCAUACCUUAAAACUUUGUUCGGGGAUCAAGAUAACACAGGUAAGAGAUAGUAGAUACAAUCUAUCUUGAAACAAUUUUAUUAUAAAUAACGUUUAACAAUUUUACCGCUUUCUGAUUCGCGCUUCAUGCGCAAGAUAAAUUAGUUUUUACGUUGCUAUGCAACUAUCUCAUUAACUCCACCGUGAUUUCAUUCGCGCGCAAACUUUCAGGUUUCAUUAAAAUGCGAGAGCGCUUGUGGUUGCUUCGCAUACAAGGAAUAUAACGCGUUCCAGUUUAUGACAGAACAAUACUGAAUGUGUAUUGAUUUACAUUCUUUUCAUUGACGUUUAGGUGAGAACCAUCUUGGUAUUGUCCCGGAUUCCGAAGCAGUCCCUGGUACAAUUAAAGAACCUUCGAUGGAAGCAACACUUGAUGUCUCCCUCUCAACAUUGCAAGCAACGCACCAUGAUGAUACAGGAGGCGAGCGCGAACCUGAUGCUCCUUCAAAUACAGACACUCCUACGACGUUGGUUCAUGGUGGCAACGAAGCAACACUUGAUGUCUCCCUCCCAACAUUGGAAGCAUCGCAGCAUGAUGACACAGAAAGCGAGCACAAACCUGAUGCUCCUUCAACUACAGAUACUCCUACGACGUUAGUUCAUGGUGGCAACGAAGCAACACUUGAUGUCUCCCUCCCAACAUUGAAAGCAUCUCAUCAUGAUGAUACAGAAGACGAGCACAAACCUGAUGCUCCUUCAAAUACAGAUACUCCUACGACGUUGGUUCAUGGUGGCAACGAGGCAACACUUGAUGUCUCCCUCCCAACAUUGGAAGAAUCUCACCAUGAUGAUACAGGAGGCGAACACAAACCUGAUACUCCUUCAAAUACAGAUACUCUUACGACGUUGGUUCAUGGUGGCAACGAGGCAACACUUGAUGUCUCCCUCCCAACAUUGGAAGAAUCUCACCAUGAUGAUACAGGAGGCGAACACAAACCUGAUACUCCUUCAAAUACAGAUACUCUUACGACGUUGGUUCAUGGUGGCAACGAGGCAACACCUGAUGUCUCCCUCCCAACAUUGCAAGAAUCUCACCAUGAUGAUACAGGAGGCGAACACAAGCCUUAUGCUCCUUCAAAUACAGAUACUCCUACGACGUUGGUUCAUGGUGGCAACGAAGCAACACUUGAUGUCUCCCUCCCAACAUUGAAAGCAUCUCAUCAUGAUGAUACAGAAGACGAGCACAAACCUGAUGCUCCUUCAAAUACAGAUACUCCUACGACGUUGGUUCAUGGUGGCAACGAGGCAACACUUGAUGUCUCCCUCCCAACAUUGGAAGAAUCUCACCAUGAUGAUACAGGAGGCGAACACAAACCUGAUACUCCUUCAAAUACAGAUACUCUUACGACGUUGGUUCAUGGUGGCAACGAGGCAACACCUGAUGUCUCCCUCCCAACAUUGCAAGAAUCUCACCAUGAUGAUACAGGAGGCGAACACAAGCCUUAUGCUCCUUCAAAUACAGAUACUCCUACGACGUUGGUUCAUGGUGGCAACGAAGCAACACUUGAUGUCUCCCUCCCAACAUUGAAAACAUCUCAUCAUGAUGAUACAGAAGACGAGCACAAACCUGAUGCUCCUUCAACUACAGAUACUCCUACGACGUUAGUUCAUGGUGGCAACGAAGCAACACUUGAUGUCUCCCUCCCAACAUUGGAAGCAUCGCAGCAUGAUGACACAGAAGGCGAGCACAAACCUGAUGCUCCGAUCUCGUUUUAAAGAAGUGCAGACUGUGUCUGACGUACAAGGCGAGCUCCCGCCCGUCACAGAUGAUUCAAAUGAAGAUAACAAACUUUCAACGAUUUUGGUUCAUGGCGAUGCCAAGAAAAUACUCGAUAUCUCCCACCAUGACGAAGUAGAGAUUGUUAUCGUGUCAGACAGAGGCGAGAUCAAAUCCAGCGAGUCUUCUGAUGUUGAGGUCUGGAACGACGGCUGUCCAUUACCAUCAAGUGGACCUACUUGUUCUGAAUGGCAGAACUCUGCCGAUGCUCACUCAUCUGGGGCUGAGGCCAUUUCCACUCAGGUAUCGACUACCGGGUGUCUACCUGAGUGUGAAGAGCCUCGCUCUGGAUGUGUGAACAUCGAAAGUGUGAUGUCAUCAGAACAAGUUAGCCAUGCUCCAUCGACCUCCAUCAUCGAAGAUGGAACAAAAGUUGCUGGCAACGAAGGAUUUCCGCAAUAUCAAAACAAAGUUGAGGGUAAGUCAAAUGAGCUUAACGGUAUUAUAACACGAAACAAAACCCAAAUACCAAAUAUUUCGACAUCAAAGUCUUCGGUCCCAAGAUGUCGCUAUUGUUUGGAGUCAGAGACAAUUGAUUGACUGCUAAAGUUGGAGGCAAUAUACAUUCCUGCAGGCAAUAGAUUAGCAGAAUUAUGCGUCUACAAUAUGAAAUGAGACUAAACACUGACUCGUUUAUUUGAUUUAUUAGAUGGCAAAAAUGUUGUGAUUGACAGCAGCCUGUUGUCGAAGAAUGAAGAUGAGCAAGAAAAUGGUAAAUGCAAACAGAAAAAGAAAAACAAAAAGCAGAAAAAAGCGAAAGUUCACAAGAAGGAGAAACGUUCAAAAGAUGAGAAAACCGAGAAAACGAAGUCCAAGAAAUUUCAUCGACGACUUGUUUCUCUGUUCUGUUGUUGUUUUAAAAGUCAAGAAAGAAAUGAUGAAAAUAACGAAAUGGAACAAUCGACAACUGAGAAGAGCGCAACUCGUUUUGAAGAUAAUAUUCAAAGCUGCUCGUUUGUAACUAUCGAUUUGAACAAUUGAAUUCUCCUUGCAUUAUUUAUGGUCGUAUAUGACAUUAUUUAAUAUUAUACAUAAAAUGUUGUAUUUGUUAAAAGUUAUUAAUAAUUAAUAUUCUUGUUCCAAAAUAACAUUGCAUUUCUUUAAUUUCGCUCCUAAAAUAAUCACGUGGUCAAGUGGGUGUUUAUUUGAAAGCACGGCCGAGGGUCGUGUUUUGGUUAUAGACUCAUCUCUCGCUGUUUAUUGGUUCAGGUUAGGCUGACUUAUAAGCAGCGAGACAUGACUCUAUGGUUUAGGUCCGAGGUUUUACGCGAGAAUCCGCUGGCAGGUGUAUUUGUAGGGGAACUCAGAAUAUAGAACAUUUGCAGAAUACACCCUUCCGGAAAGUACAUCACUUUGGCUAUAGAGCCUCGUUUUCGUGUAAAGUUGGGUAUUAGUAAAGACCAACGUCUCAAUCACGAAAACGAGGCUCUAUGACCAAGAUGACGUACUUUCCGGAAGCGUGUAUUACUAGAGCAAUAGACAGAUUUAGAUCGAGGACGCGGACGUCAAAGACGACGUGAAAAUGGCGUGUUGUGCCCAUGUAUGGAUAUGCCACGCCAUUUUGACGCCAUUUUCACGUCGUCUUUGACGUCCGCGUCCUCGAUCUAAAUCUGUCUAAUGUACAGAUUGCGUCGACUUCAGUUUUCAUUAUUCGGCUUCUUUGAAUUGUAUGUAGUCUUAUACAAUGUUUGAAGUUUCUGUCUGUUUUCAAGAGAAUGAAGUCGGGGCUUUGCGCGUAUAAUGCUAUGCUCUAAUAAUUUAGCAAUGUUUGGUCAAUUACUGUGUCUUGGUAUUCUAAUUACUGGAGGAACGGCAAACCAAUAAACGGCAUAUGAUUUUUUAGAUGCCAAAUCGUGGUGUUUGUCGUUGCCGUCAGGAGAAGCUCCAUCGCGCAGGACAUGCCACUCAGCGGCUGCCGUCGACAACAGGUUGUUUAUAUUUGGAGGAGGCCAAUCUGGUGCAGAGCCUGUACAGGAUGAUAAGUUGUAUGUGUAUAAUGCAAGUAAGGAAACGUCAUAUUGGAAAUGUAAUGUUUUCAUGUUUCAAAGGACUUAUUAGGAUGAUUAUCUCCGUGUUUCUGAAGUCAUCUUAUGUAUACUGGAGAGGCCAGAUUAUCUGCUUGUUUAAUAGUAGCGUUAGUGGAAGUCUGAACCUCUGCGCUAAUUACCAGAGUUCCACUUGUAGUUUCAUUAGAGUUUAAAUACUUAUCUUCUCUUUCAAUCAAUUAAAACAGUGCCAUUAGCAACAAGCGCUCUGGGCUCAUCACCAGGAUCACCAGGAUAAAUAGAAUCGUCUGGAGUUAUAUUGAAUAGAAUACUACUUGCACUUUACUACUUAACUUGUCAAACAUUGUUGUGACUGUCUUAUUUUCAGAAGAGAACCAAUGGUCCCAACCAGAUGUGAAUGGUGUCCGUCCUAAAGUGAGACAUGGUCAUGUGAUGAUUGCUGUGAAGAAUGGCAUUUACCUUCAUGGUGGAAUGGCAGGGACGGAAAUUUUUGGAGAUCUCUGGAAACUAACAAUAGGUAUGUGCACUUUGUUAUUUACUAACUGUAGUAAAAUUUUCUUACCAAAAAUCUCACCAAAUGAUGAUGACCUGGUGAUGGUGAUGGUUUUUAUGGUAUUGGUAAAUGGCUGUAUGGUGGUCAUGCCGAAGGUGAUAUGUUAACUGGAUGGUAAUGAUGGUAGUCGUGGUGGUGAAUGGGUAUCCGGUUAUUUCAAUGCAUAAUUUUGAGCCUGUUUAAUAACCUGGUAGUUGGCUGUCUUCAAAACGUUUCAAGAGAAGCACUUGUCAACUAGGAAAAGUUUUUGCUAGAAAUGUUGUGUUCAAAUUCCACUGAGCUCUCUCUAUAUCCUUAGUUUAAAAGAGUACAUGGUGGAUAUCUAAUAAUAAACUGGCUUGUUUAGAUGAUGGUGAGAUGAACUGGUCACAACCGACAGUAACUGGUGAUGUUCCAAGCAAGCGUGCUGCUCAUGCUGGUUGUGCUGUUGAUGAAACGUUGUAUUUGUUUGGUGGUAUGAACGAAACUGGCGCAUUAGAUGAUCUGUAUUCCCUCAACACAGGUACCUUCGUAUUUACAUAAUAGUUAUGAAAGUGAUUAUUAGUUAUAAUAACGAUUAAUAACGGAUUUAUUGCGGAUAUAGUAAAACAAAACUUGUUAUUAAAUAUUCUUGUACAGAGUCCAUGCUGUGGCAGAAGAUUCAAUGUGAAGGGCCACCACCUCACUGUCGCCUUGAUCACACCAUGUCUGCUGUAACUGUUUCAAGAAAUGUUGAUGGUAUGUACGAGUGGUAUAUUUAUGACCCAUGAUGGUAUGUACGAGUGGUAUAUUUAUGGGCCAUGAUGGUAUGUACGAGUGGUAUAUUCAUUGACCCAUGAUGGUAUGUACGAGUGGUAUAUUUAUGACCCAUGAUGGUAUGUACGAGUGGUAUUUUUAUGACUCAUGAUGGUAUGUACGGGUAGUAUAUUUAUGACCCAUGAUGGUAUGUUCGAGUAGUAUAUUUAUGACCCAUAACACCCUCCGGAGCUUCGGCGACCACUGGCUUGUCUUGAACGCCCUGCUCUCAUAUUCAUUCCUUCUUUACUACAUACACAAUUGUGAAAUCGAAAAUUAAAUGUUUCAAAACUGAAAAUAAUUAAAUAAAUAUUGCAAUAUUCAUACAUUUUCCAAUGUUUUCUUUCUAGAGAAUGAAGAGACGACAGUCAAACAAACAUUUCUGGUUGUGUUUGGUGGAAUGGACACAAGUGGCCAAAUAUUUGAUGAUUGUCUUGCUUUUCUUGUGAAGGAAUGA